AUGUACGAAGGUCGGUCAAAAUUCGACAAUCUCGUCUGGGACAAAAACGAAGAUGCCCAAGAAGGGGUGUACAAAAGCUAUUUUUCAUUUGCCACAAUCCACAAGCUAGAGGCCCUCGCCACGAAAAUGCUUGGGAAGAAGGUGACCUACUUGCGCCCGAUGCACAAAGGCAGCUUCAAUUUUCUCUAUAGGAUGAAGGUUGAGGGACUGGACGGAUACGUCAUGUUUCGACUGCUCUGGGCCCACUCGCACCAGUUUCCCGACGAGAAGACCCUCCAAGAGACGGCAACUGCACGCAUGGUCAUGAGAGAGACCAAAAUCGCCACCGCCGAAGUGCUCUGCUACGGGCUGAGCAGGAAUGCCAAUAUGGGCUCGCUGGCGGUGCCUGGCGAGACAAAGCCCACCGAAGGGAUACAGUUGGAUCCCGCUGUUCCCGAGGGGAGGCUUGAGGGGUACUUCCAUGGCGUUGCAGUCCUGAUGCUGCAGCUAUUUGAGCCUCAAUUUCCCCGCAUUGGGAGCCUGGAUGAGGACGAGCACGGCUCCAUCUCAGUGGGGAGACGGCCGAUCACCAUGAACAUGAACAGUGGGGCCCGGCUUGCAAACAUCCCACGCGCCGUCUAUCCCUCCCAAGAUAAGACGUACGGGACUGCCGAUGAGUGGUACACAGAGCUGGCACGGAUUCACAUGGCGCAACUUGUCUUUCAGCACAAUGACCUUGUGCUGUCGGUAGACGACUGCCGCAACAGGUAUGUGGCACGCCAGCUCUUCCACCGGCUUGCCAAGAGCGGCCUGCUAUCGACUUUCGGCUUUGCAGAUGAUUCUUGGUCUGCCCAGUCCAAGACCCGAGUCUCGGCAUGCCCAGCUCCUAGCACGUCGGGAUCUUUUAGGCUUUGGUGUGAUGACUGGGGGACAAGCAAUAUCCUCUUGAACGAUGCAGAUGAGGUGACUGCCAUUAUCGACUGGGAGUUUGCCUAUAUCGCACCUACGCAAUUUAUUCUCGACCCUCCGCUGUGGUUGUUGCUGGAUGACCCAGAGAUGUGGAAAGGUGGCAUCGAUGCGUGGGCUCAGUGUUACGAUGCAUGCCUCCCAAUCUGGCUCCGGGGGAGAGUUGGGAGACGCCGGUUCUGGCUCGACUAUGCCGCGAGGAAGAGCUGGGCCUUCGACACCAUCUACUGGAAGGAAGGAGAGGUUGCUACGGAGGACCUCUGGAAGACAAGAGUAAAUCUGCUGGACCAUGACCAAGUGGCUGCAAUGGAGCCAUUUGUAGAGAUGAAAUUGGAGGAGCCUAAAGAGCGAAUCAUGGUCCAGUGGACUGACGAACAGGUCAAAGAGCGCAUGGCUAAGGUGCUAUUUUAGGAGGUUCUCCUCUACUGGUGCGGCUCCCUUGACUGCGCCGCUGGCACACCAUCGGCACACCCUUGAAGCGGCACCAGCACACAGACACCGACGAAGACGGAAAUUUUGCAGAGUCAGGAUUAGCAUCAGGAAUUAAACUGUUUCCGAUCGUCCUGUUCACUCGAUACGGCACAGAGAGAAGCACGUUGGAUGGAGGGGUCGUAACUACUUCAAAAGGGCAUUCAUUGUAGUGUAGC